ACACCGCUGGGCCGUGACACCGCUGAGAGCAGCAGAGCGGAGUCUUGUUUUGCUCUCAAUCUGUGCCGCGCCGCCGCGCUGUAUUCAACUUGAUAUGACAGCGAUACGAAAAUAAGAGGUCUGCGGCGAGGUCAGCCAGAAAGCCAGCCUCUGACAAAAGGACAGGACAGCAGAGGACGUUGACCACACGGUAUUUCCAAGUUAGAAGCUGUCAAUGCCGGACUCCUUGACUUCCCUGCAUCAGGAUCUGUAAGGCUGGGAGAGGCGACGCCCAGCCACCCACCAAAACCACCCGAUCCGCCAUGAUGACAUCCAGCGACGUGGACGUCAGAGCUGAUGGUUCUUUGUUCUCUGACCAAAAUCCAUCAGAAAUGGACGCUCUGUGUCCGUCUCCUCCGGGACCAUCCCGACCCCAGCGAAACUACGAGAGGAUUGGAGAAAGGACAGGAACCUCGUUUUGCCAGACUCUGAUCCACCUGUUGAAAGGGAACAUCGGAACCGGCCUGCUGGGGCUGCCGUUGGCUGUUAAGAAUGCAGGGCUGGUGGUUGGACCAGUCAGUCUUCUGAUUAUGGGCGUCAUUGCAGUCCAUUGCAUGAGGCUGCUGGUGACAUGCUCCCACCACUUCUGUGCCAAGAUGAACAGGCCAUCUAUGACGUACGGUGAGGUGAUGCAGUAUGGGAUGGAAAAUGUGUCGUGGCUCAGGAGACACUCUCACUGGGGAAGAUGGACAGUGAACUUGUUUCUCAUUAUCACCCAGUUGGGCUUCUGCUGUGUCUACUUUGUCUUCCUCAGCGACAACGUUAAGCAGGUGGUAGAAGCAGCCAACGCCACCACCUUCAGCUGCCAAAUAAACUUCACCAACCAGACCCAGGUCCUGGUUCCAAGCUUCGACUCCCGUCUCUAUAUGCUCUGCUUCCUGCCUUUCAUCAUCCUGCUGGUCUUCACCCCCAACCUGAAGUACCUGGCUCCCCUCUCUCUGGUGGCAAACCUGGUCAUGACUGCUAGUUUGGUUCUUAUCUACAUCUACUCGCUCACGCACAUCCCGACCCCUAUCAACCUGCCAAAGGUCGGCAGAGCUAAAGACUACCCUCUCUUUUUUGGGACGGCCAUCUUUGCCUUUGAAGGGAUCGGAGUGGUUCUUCCCUUGGAAAAUGAAAUGCAGAGGCCUCAUAGUUUCACCCUGGUUCUUUUUUUGGGAAUGGGCAUCGUCACCUUCCUCUACAUCAGCCUCGGUACCAUAGGAUACUUGUGCUUUGGAGAGCAUAUAGGUGGGAGCAUUACCCUCAACCUGCCAAACUGCUGGACGUACCAGGCUGUGAAGCUGCUGUACAGUUUCGGUAUUUUCAUCACCUUCGCCCUGCAGUUCUACGUCCCCGCAGAAAUCCUCAUCCCGUCCGUUGUGGCCCGCGUGUCGGAGAGGUGGGAGAAGACCGUCGACCUGCUGUUCCGCACGAUCCUCGUCAUCUUCACAUGUGCCCUCGCCAUCCUGAUACCAGAGCUGGACCUCGUCAUUUCCUUGGUUGGCUCGGUCAGCAGCAGUUUCCUGGCUCUCAUCUUUCCACCCAUCCUACAGCUUUUAGCUUUCCACACGGAGGGCCUGUCGCCGCUGGUGACCAUCAAGAACCUAAUCAUAAGCAUGGUGGGGCUGAUUGGCUUCCUCACGGGAACCUACAUCGCCAUCGAGGAAAUUAUCGCCCGGAACGGACUCAAACACGAAGAGACGUUCUCCACCUACUGAAGGGACUGUUGGCUCAGGAUGUUUUUAACCAUUUUAGGGCACAUUUUUUAUCUUUAUUGUAAUUUACUGCUGUUGGACAUGGAUGUUAAUUUAAUUACGUCACUUGUGUUAUACGGUACUGUCAUGUCCGACAGUCACGUUUAAUUAAGUCCCUUAUUUAGUGCAAUCCAAUGGUAAAUAUCACAGACACAAUUCCUUCAUGUAGGAGACAACUUGAACAGAUUUUAGAAGAUUAGAAGGAUUUUAGAGGUAAUUUAUUAUAUUUACAGACUGAAUAUAUUCAUGUAUUGAAUGUUUCAGUCAGAAAAUCAAACUACCUCAAUAACUGUUAAAAGUUUUAACAUCCAAAUUCGGCGCCAUUGCAGACGUGGAGUUUUGACCCUCGUCCCAAACAGCUUCUCAUUUACAGCUUCUAGUAGUUUAGCCACCCGCUAACUCCUGUAAAAAAAAAAAAAGACGAAAGACAAAAAUAUUGCACUUUGAUUUAUGCCUUACUGAGUGAAGCGGUAACCCAUUUCACAAACUUUAGAUUAACUUGUUUAAUAAUCACGGUUAUAAAAAAAGAGAAAUAUAUGAGUUGAGGACUCAUGUUGAGUGAAAAUUGUGCUUUUCAGUUUCGCUCGUCUGUCUGGUUACAUUUUUAUCCCUAACUACUUCUCUGAUUUAUAGAUUUAACCUAAGAAAUAUAAGAUUAUUUAUUUUUUUGUUUGAGCUUUCAUAGCAGAUUGGGCGCAUUUGUCAACAUUCAGCAUCGGUUUGCAUCCUGUCUCUUCUCUGAGAUCUCUCCAGCCAGUAAAAGUCAGACUGAUGUUAAAUCUAAUCACUUCCUCUGUCUUUCUCUCUUUUCUUCUCUUCCUCUGAUAAUGUCUUCUUGUGUUUCUUUUCUGAAUAAUCCAUGGUGCACAUCAAAAACAGCCAGUAUGUUGAUGUCCACUUGCUGCCAUGUCAACAUGUGCUUGAAAAAGCAAAAUGCAGCUGUAAUGUGACGCUCCAGGCUGGAAAAAAGUUGUGAAGUGCAGUUGAUUUUAGCUUAGGGCAGCCCCAGGAAUGUGCACAACGAAUGUCGGUGUGCCAUCAAAAUUAGUUUUAAAGUCAGAAAGUAGUUUUGCUUUAAAAUGUAAAAUCUGUUAAUGAGCAGCACCCAGCUGUCAUUGCUGCACUGGGCGUUGCUGCCAUUCAUAGGUGCAAAUUUAGCUUUCUCUUCUUUCAAAUGCUCUGAUACAAAGUUUUGUCCUGGUUUCUGUUCUGGCAGCUUCACCUGCUUUUGACAUUUCUCGUUGACCAGUAUCUUCAGAAGCUACCUACAUCCUGGUGAUGCACCUAUUCUCAGCUAUGAGUCUUUGGGUAUGAUGUAUUAAAUGGUAGUGGAUAAUACCUGUCAACAAAAAGUACAAAAAUAAAUAAAUUUCAGUAAAUUUAAAAGAAAAAAGCCCUUCUACUUUGACUAGAUUUGUCAGUUUUUAAUAGUAUUUAUGUAAAACUACAAAAACAAGAGCCCAGGAUCUAAUAAGAAGCCAAACUGAAAAGCACAAAAAAAAAUUAAUCAUAUAGAAAUAAAACUGCAUCUGACUUUAGAAGCUUGUUAAUGUUGGCGCUCCUCUAAGUAACACUUUGUCUUUAAACAUGUUAUUCUUUGGAUUAUGUUUAUUUUUAAUGUGUUUUCAUGUUUUAAGGUAUUUGCUAAAUUAAUACGUGGGUAUUUUUUUAAUAGAUUUUUUUUUUUUUUUGAACAUGCAUUUUUAAAACCUGCAACUAAAAUCAACCAUUGUGUUUAACUGCAGAGAGCCUCUGCGGGUAAAAUAAUGUAACUUGUUUGUAAGAUAACACACUUCCAGGUUUUUCUCACCAGCUGUAAAUGUUUCAUGAGUAAAUCCGUCUGCACUGUCGGGUACUGAAUAACGCUUCUAUGCUGUUGUAUGUCUUCAGUGUUUAUGUGGCAGUAUCAGAUGAGCAGUUUUUACCUUUUUGAGGAAAUGCAGGAAAUUAGUUAUAAAUAAAAAAUCCAUGAGCCUUAUCUGUAAAGCGUUUCAAGUUAUUUUGUGUGUGAAUAUACAUAUAAAUAUACAAUCUGUUGCACAUGUAAAUGUUUGCAGACUUAUAGAGAAAA